UCAAGAUACAAAAUCAUAGAAGUUGAUUUCAUGGGUGGUUGUAUAGUACUCACACAGAAGGAUUUUGUUCUAGGAUUUACACCAAAUUGUAAUAAUACAUGAUAAUUUGAUUAAUUUCCUAGAACUUAAUGCUUCUUUCCCUUCCCUUACCUCAAACUUAAUGCUCUUGGAUUCUUUUACACCACCCUCUUCCUCUUUUUUUCCACCAGCCAAAAACCCAAAAAGAGAAAAGUACAAACUUCCAUUUCCCACUCUACUAUUUAAGGGUAGUUUCUCCCCACAGCCAAAAUGUGGUAAGGGAAGCAAGCCAAAACAUUCAUAGAUAUGAAUCCAUCAAGAAAUUUCAGAUCUUCAAACCCUAAUCAUCGAAAUCCUAAUGUUCUUCCAAUGGGCUCACUCAUGUUGCCAUAUCCUCCUCCUCUAACCACAAAUAUUGAGGAUGCCGAGGAGUCUAGCGAAUCCCAAUUUGACCAACUUCAAAAGCAUAAUCUUGAGCUGUUUUGGAAUCAGCAGAACUAUGAGAUGCGAAAUGUUGUGAAGAGCCAGAAUCAACUACCUCUUGCAAGGAUCAAAAGGGUAAUGAAAUCCGAUGGAGAUGUAAAGAUGAUCAGUUCAGAAACUCCUAUCUUGUUCUCCAAGGCCUGCGAGCUCUUCAUAAUGGAGCUCACACUUCGUGCAUGGAUGCAAACUGAAGGAUGCAAGAGACGAACCCUGCAGCGUGGCGACAUUGCCAGGGCGAUUAGGAGUGAUGAGCUCCUAGACUUCUUGGUCGAUGUUGUUCCUUUGGAAGAAGAGGAAGACCAAAAGCUGGAAGAGGAGGCAGGGCAAAAUUCUGGUGGAAAUGAACAACCUGCUGCUGUUGAACCACUUAAUUUUCCUGAUCAGGCAAACGGUGACACUGAAAUGGCUAAUACAAUGGUUCAAGGAGUGCCUCAGCAGUUCAUGUAUGAUCCAUCCGUGAACUCUGCUCAACUCCAGUUCAACUAUCCUCCCAAGUGAACCAAUCCAUAUUCCAUACUGAGGAAUGGCUGGAGGGAAGCGCUGGGAGGAAGCUCAAUAAAAUGUGGUAGAAAUGACUACUUUAAGUUAUAUGAAAUUAAAAAAAUAAUAAUAAUAAUGUCCUAUAUAUGAGGCAUUGUGGUAGAUUUAGGGUUGUACAAGAAAGAUGAACUCAGUAUUGUUCCAGAGGAGGAAUCUUUUACCAUCUAUAAUAUAUAUAUAUAUAUAUAUAUAUAUAUAACUAGCCACAAAUUAAGUGGUUGCAAUAUUGUCUUUGAGUUUUUCUCCUAGCAUUUACUCAUCGCUUUGAGAACUUACCAAUCAAUAACCAUUGUGUAAUUGAGCUCAAUUUAUUGAUGGAGAAUACAAUAUAUAUAUAUAUA